CAGAAUGAUGCGGACGUGAUCGUAGCUGGCAGCUAGGCUAUAUUGUUGUAGUGGUAAACUACAGCUGAUUUAACAUGUAAAACAAAGUUUCAACUUUAAAAUGGCUGCGGUGUUUUUAGUUAUGCUAUAUGAAUACUCUCCGCUGUUCUACAUCAGCGUGAUAACACUGUGUUUCAUCAUUACCGCUGCCAUGGUGUUGGGCUGGUUCGGUUUUGACGUGCCUGUCAUUUUGCGAAGUUCUGACGAGGCAGAAUCGCUUUCAACUGCACCGGAAAAGACCAUGGUCCAGGUGACAAAUCCCUUUGCUCUGGAGUUGGGGACCAAAACAGCCUCAAUUACUGAGGGUAUUACGCUGCGCCCUGGCUGUUUGGAGGAAUGUGUCCUUACCUGCUACUGGGGCUGCAGCAUCCAGGCACUGCAGCUGGCAAUGCAGAGCCACCAGCGCGGGCCCCGGCUCAGCACCCCACAGCUGUUCCAAGAGGCCCUUCACUUCCAGUACCACCACUGUCAGAGCUUCAUCUUGGACAAAGAGAGCAAAGAGGAGCAGUUUAGCCAGAUCCCUGCAGACCUGGGAAUCACAGACCUGGGGCCAAUGCCACGGGAACGCUACCCUCUGGUGGCUGUGCUGACUCUAGCAGAGCCUGACGCAAGAGAGACAUACAACAUUGUUGCAAAUGUCGCUGUGAUUCAUGUUCCUGACGACAAGUACAGGCUUUCAGCACGCGUCCUGUUCCAGCAUCUCCUCACGGCACAAGGGAACAUGUAUGAGCUCAAGCCUCUCUUCAUGUCAUCUGAUAAUGAGGGAUCAACCAGAGCAGCGGACCCCCCUGCCAGUGGAGAUGCGUCUGAGGAGCCCCAGGGCCCUGGCGAGGAAGCAGUGGAAGAGGAGGAUGACCAGGCGUCGGAGGGAGAGUGGUCAGAGGCUCAGGGGAAGGAUUGCGUGGUGUGCCAGAACGCACCCCUGAACCGUGUGCUGCUGCCCUGCCGCCACGCGUGUGUGUGCGACGGCUGUGUGUCCCGACUACAGCACUGUCCCAUGUGCCGCGCUUUUGUCAUGGAGUCCUUUGCCUUGUGUCAUAGGCCACCUGCUUCUGCUGAGACGGAGGAAGAGGAAGAGGAAGAGAACAAAGAUGUCGGAGGAAAUGGAGAUCAUGAAGAAUGAGGAGUGAUUUCAGGUUUAACCUAGAGGUGAUGCCACUUCACCAUAGUCCCUGUGGGAUACUGAAGAAUUUUAGCAAUUUUCCAGACUAGUUGGAUGCAUCUUUAGUUACUGGACAGCAAGACUGAUUGUAUUUCAUCUAGAUUUGAGAAUAAGUUGUAGUCAAGGCUAUUUGAUCUAGUUUUCUAGAUCUUUUUGUUUGGUAAUGGCAAGACUUGUAUGUGGUGUUUUUGUUUUGUUUUAUCCAAACGCUUUGUUAUGCGUUUUCCUUGCAUUCCAUGGAUGGUAUUCGGAGGUUUUAGCAGUAUUAGAGAACUUCCUUUUAUUUGUGUGAAUGUAGGUAAUUCAGCAGCUCCUUUUGAUUGUUUUUUUAAUUCUGUUAAUAUAUGUCUAUGGUCUAUUUAUUUGUCUAUAAGCUGUGAAGUACAAUGAAGUGUAAUGAAACAAGAAAAUGCUUAAACACCAA